GUUCAGAAACCUAAAUUGUUUACCUGAAUGAUACCAAUAAUCGUUGCUUCAAUCAUUUCCCAUUAUCGUAACAGACAGGUUGUUAUUAUCUAGGUACGUAUAAAUCUUUAUAUAUAGAAGCAAUAACUGAUAAAGUAUCAAUUCCAAAGCGCUCGUUUACGUGCAACACAAUGGCUCGAUUUAGUUUUGAAGGUGAAAUUAACAGUUUGACAAUACGACAGCAAGAAUUUCUAUGUGAUGUGCUUGAAGGUCGUGGCUAUACUGAUACUAAAGUGAUUAUAGAAACGGUAGGUAAAGCUGGUGACAAUUAUGUAGCUAAUGUGAAAAGGAUCACUGUAAAAGAAAAUGAUAAUGAUGUAUUCAAGAUUAUAGCGAAAAUAGCUCCGACCAAGGAAGAGUUACGUGCACAGAUACAAGCACAGGUAUUAUUCCGUAAUGAAGGUCUCAUGUACUGUGAAGUUCUACCAGCAUUAUUGCAACUGCAGAAAGAAGAAGGUGUUCCAGAAGAAGACCAACUACGAUACGCACAAUGCUAUGGUGUAUUAUUAGAUGAACCAGAUGAAAUUAUUCUUCUAGAAGAUCUAUUAGAAUCCAAUUUCACUAUGCUUGAUAGAUUCACAUCUCUUUCAAACGAAUGCAUUAAACUAAAUCUUAAAAACUUAGCACUUCUUCAUUCUCUGUCACUAGUGUUCAAAAAACAGGAACCAAAUAAAUUUGAUGAAUUUAAACAGAAACUCGUUGACUGUUUUGUUACUAUGACUGAAAUUCCAGAAUUCAAAUUUUAUAUACAGAGCAUGGAAAAUGAUGCUAUUCAAGUUUUAGAUGACAACAAAUAUAAAGAUGCUAUCCGUGGCACUUUAACUAAAGCAGGAGAAUUAUACAAAAAAAUUGCAAAAGAUGAAAUAAGACUAAAAUAUUCAGUUAUAAUACAGGGUGACGGCUGGACCAAUAAUAUAAUGUUUAAAUUAGAGAAUGAAGUACCUGUUGAAGCCAUUAUGAUCGAUUAUCAAUUGUCAAGAGUAUCUAAUCCAGUAUGUGAUGUUCUAUACAUGCUCUUCAAUUGCACUGACUACGCUACCAGACGCGAACAUUACCAUGACUGGAUCGCAUACUAUCAUUUGCAGUUAGAGAAAUCCUUAUCCAACUUUGGUAUCAAAGUAGACUUUGUAUUCUCGAGAGAACAACUGGACGCUGAUUUGAAGAGAUAUUCAAAACUGUUCUUCGCAAAUGCAAUAAUGCUGAGUUCGGUACUGAUUAGAAAAUCAGAAGAUGCCGCUAAGGCAAAGGAGUUAAUGGAAAGCUCCGAUAAAGUUGACAUGGAGAAGAUCAUGGAAAGUUUUCAAAUAAAGAAUUUGGACGAGGAGUCAGUUUCGAAAUUCAAGAGCAGAAUAGAAGGAGUAAUAAACAGCUAUCGUGAUCUAGGAUACUCGUAUUGUGUUUAAAUGGAGAUUACGCAAAGGACAUAAUGUACACAUGAUAUAUUCUAAACAUAUUUUUUCACAAAUACGCAAAUUACUUGUA